AUGGUGCAGAGUUGUCAGGAAGUGACAGAUCUGAGAAGCAGGCCAGCACCAAUAAAGACAAAGCAGGACUGGCACGAGAGGUUAAGGAACAUAAGAAUAGGGAAAAAGGGCGCCGAGGAUAGUGAGAAGACUGAAAAUUCCAUUGUAUAUGCAAUCUUUGAUGAAAAUUUAUACUUUAUGAGCGAGAGAGAAAUCUCUGAAUCUGAGGCAGCAAAUCCUGGCUGCAUAUUAGAAGAUUUCGUAAGAUGGCACUCUCCUCCUGAUUGGAUGGAAAAUGAUACAAACACUGAAGUGAACAUAACUUCUGCUGGGGUUGACUUAUUGUCUGCAAAAGGUCAACUUAGUACGCGUAUGCAGAAAGAAGGAAAUCCUUUUAAAUGGCUUUGCUUCCAAGAAUUACUUGUCAUGAAACUCAAUUUAUAA